UUGGCCCCGCCCCUAACCGACGCAUGCGUGGAGGCUAUGCGCUUCGCAGCAAAGUCCUCCUUUACUCCACACAGGCUUCUAAGCCUCGGAACAUCUACUAACUACACUUUAUUCAUCCUCCCUGUCAGCAUCAACUCCACUCGUCUCACUCAACUUUGACGAUUAUUAGGCCCGCUUAGCUUGCUCCUUGUUUUAGCGCGCUAGUUAGCUUAGCGUGCUAGUUAGUUUAGCUUGUUAGCCGCUAAGUUUUAGCGCGCUAGUUAGCUUAGCGUGCUAGUUAGCUUAGCUUGUUAGCCGCUAAGAAAGAGACGCGGAUUUGAUCAAAACAUCGCUUGGUUAAGAUCAAGUGUGAGUGUAAAGUGUUGUGAUUGUGUGAAAAUGUGCGAAAGAACCAUAGCAGAGUACGAAGGGGAACUUUCUCAGACAAAAGAGGACAACAAGAGACCACGUCAACUAUUGGAGGCUGUUUACCACAGAACAGACGUCCAGCAGCCCCCUCACUUUAUAGAGGAAGGGGAGGACCCACAUCCCCCCCACAUUAAAGAGGAAGAGGAGGAUCCACAGUUCCCCCACAUUAAAGAGGAAGAGGAGGAAGUGUGGAUGAGUGAGAAGGGAGAGUGUCUUCUAGGGCAGGAGGAGGCUGAUGUCAGCAAGUUUCCACGGACUGUUGUCUCUGUGAAGACUGAAGAGCAUGAAGACAAAGCAGCUGAGUCCUCACAGCUUCAUCACAGUCCAAACGUCCAGCAGGUGUCAGCAGAGAGUCAUGAAGAGAUUCCCUCCAAGCAGCAGGAGUGGAGCUCCAGUGUGGGACAGAAGGAGCUAAAGGCCCCCUCCCACAUUAAAGAGGAGCAGCUUCAUGAUGAAGAUGAAGCUCAGUCCUUACAGCUUCAUCACAGUCAAAGUGAGGAGAACAGAGGGGCGGAGCUUGUAAGUCAACACAUCACAGAAGCUGAUGGAGAGCAUUGGGAAGAUAUCAAGUCAGAACCAGACAGCAUCUUUGCUCCACUGUCAGACAUGGACCACAUGAUAUCAGACUCUUCUGAUGACAGUGACCACAUCCAAAAGCCUUUGGAGAGUAAAAAUGACUCUAAAGGUGAUACGAGACAUCACACUAACAACAAACUCUUUGACUGCUCUGAAUGUGGGAAAUCAUUUAGACGAAAGGGUCAUUUUACAGUGCACAUGAGAAUACAUACUGGAGAGAAACCUUUUACUUGCUCGGUUUGUCAGAAGAGUUUCUCCAGAAAGCAUCACAUGACUACACACAUGAGCACACACACUGGAGAGAAACCUUUUGCCUGCUCAGCUUGCGCCAAACGAUUCAACAGUAAGUAUGAAAUUAUGCUACACAUGAGAUUACAUACUGGAGAGAAACCUUUUACUUGCUCGGUCUGUAAGAAGAGUUUCCCCACAAAGCAACUCAUGACCAGACACAUGAGAACACACACUGGAGAGAAACCUUAUACUUGUCCUGUUUGUAAGAAGAGUUUCUCUUUAAAGUAUCAGAUGACCACACACAUGAAAACACAUUCUGAAGAGAAACCUUUUACUUGCACUUUUUGUAAGAGUAGUUUCUCCACAAAGCGUGACAUGGCCAGACACAUGAGAACACACACUGGAGAGAAACCGUUUAGUUGCACUGUGUGUGAUAAAAGGUUCAGGUUUAAGUAUAAUGUCAGUAAACACAAGUGUGUAAGAGUCAUGGAAGCUGCAGGGAUUUAAAAACACUUAAACAGUGAUUGUGCUACAUUUACUAUAAGAACACAGCAUGUUUAAUAUGAAUGUAGUGCUUCUCUUCUUCUACUGUUAAAUGUUGUCCUGUACUUACUUUUUAAUAUUGAAUAUCAUAUAUGUUGCUACCAUUUUAUUUUAUUCCUCAUCUUUGAAGAGAGGACAUCUUAUUAUUUUCAUUUGGGGUUUCUUCGUCUCUUAUAAAUCCACACAUUUUUUUAAUUGCAUUUUAUUGAUGUUAUUAUCCAAUUAUUAGUAUGAUCGAAUAAAAUUGUUAACAAAAUGUGGACUCUGGUAGAUUAGCAGCAUUGUUACAUCAUGGAUGUUAACUACUGCAAAACAUCCAAAAAGAAGAAAGUGAACUUUAGAGCCAUCGUGAGUGGAGAUGCUUGUUUUUAUUGCUGCGUUUGUACUUAUUUCACCU